AUGUAUGAUGCCAAGUUUGGCUGCAAUGUAGAACAUGUGAGGAGGAAUAAUGGAAUACCCAGCGAAGCUGCAGCCAAUUAUAACCCAGAGCCCCCGCCCCCUCGAUCCCACUUCUCCCACAUCGAGGCCAAUGAAAGUGAGGAGGUGCGACAGUUCAGGAGGCUGUUUUCUCAGUUGGCCGGAGAUGACAUGGAAGUCAGCGCAUCUGAACUCAUGAACAUCUUGAACAAGGUGGUGACCCGACACCCUGACCUGAAGACGGACGGCUUUGGCAUCGACACCUGUCGGAGCAUGGUGGCAGUCAUGGAUAGCGACACCACGGGCAAACUUGGCUUUGAGGAGUUUAAGUACCUUUGGAACAAUAUCAAGAAGUGGCAGGCCAUCUACAAACAGUAUGACAUCGACCAUUCAGGAACCAUCGGCAGCAACGAGCUUCCUGGAGCCUUUUCAGCUGCAGGUUUCCAGCUCAGCCCAGAGCUGUACCAGAUGAUCAUUCGGCGAUAUGCCGAUGAGGACGGGAAUAUGGACUUUGACAAUUUCAUCAGCUGCCUUGUGCGCUUGGACGCCAUGUUCCGUGCCUUCAAGUCUCUGGACAAAGACGGCAGCGGGCAGAUUCGUGUCAACAUCCAGGAGUGGCUGCAGCUGACUAUGUACUCCUGAGGCCCAUGUGUCUGUCCACCCACCGGGACCCCCAGGACAGAGAUCACCAGGAAGCUGCUCCCCUUCUCCCUCCCCGCCACAUUUCCCCAGGUGGGGACCCUCUGGCACAGGCACCACAUGACACUGAUGUCACACGUCGUGCCUGGGUGUCCCACCUACCACUGACCAUACAAACAUGGCCACCAAGGAGCCCCUACUCCCACCUCAGCCCUGCCCACCUCCCAGGUCCAGUGUGUGCCAGCUACAGGCUCGGGAACCCUCAUGCUCUAACACCCUGCCCCCCAGCACCCCUGUAAACAUGUCACAUGCUCUGACACGCCAGUCACACACUUCCCAGCAUCCUUAGAAAUCCUCCUGCUCUAGUGCCCUAUCCCCCCCACGCAGAUCCCCUGUAAACAUCACAUGCCAUGCCUGCCACUGCUCCGAGACCUGUUGGUGCAUGGUACAUGCUUUAACAUGCUAACCACAUGCACAUGUCAGCCAGGUGCCAUCACAUGCUGCCCCCAUGGGGUUCAUUGGCAUCUAGUGCCUUCUCCCACUCCCCAUGUGCUUCAGGCCCCCUCCCCUCCUCUCUGGGUGGACCUCAGGGCAGGGCAGGGCAGGCAAGCCCCAAAUAAACAGUGGUCACCAGAAAAAAAAAAA